GCGAGAGCCAGUAACCUGCGCGGGGCAAAGUCCACAACGGCAUCUGAAGCAACAUUUUCAAUUUCUCGGCUGAGCAUGGUCGACUCGAGCCACUUUGUGUGCGAGUGCGAUGCCGCUGCACCCGAAGACCUCAAGGUCCACGGCGCCAACUGCUCCUUGGCUAUCCUCAAGUGUCCUUGGCAAUGGCGCGAGCCCUUCCUCGACGAGCGCCGCAACAAACUUAAACGCAAGCUCGGCGACACGAAAUGGAAAGACCCCGUCGAUCCGGGGUUCAUCGACCACAUGGAACCCGGGGCCGGCAAGAAACGGUUCCGCGACGUCGAAUCCGACGAACUGUCCAACAUCCACAGCGAAAUCCAACGGCUAAAUCGUGCCAAAGCCUCCUGUGCCGAGCAUGCGUCGUCGUGGGACGAAUGCAACGACGACCCGUCGAAAACGACCCAAGACGACAAUUCAUCGGUAUGGAGGAAGGGAUCCGAGAGUCCCAACACGGUCGCGGCGCCCAUGUGCAGCAGCGAAGACAUGGCGUACCUGGACAGUAUCUUGUUGCCCGUGGAGCUGUUUGCUAGGGAUGUCGACGCGUUCGAGCACGUCGCUCCCGACUCGGAAGUCUAUGGCUUUCACACGUUGGCGUUGCUGGAAGAACCGUUCCUGCAGUUACUCUCGGAUCGAUAUGAAACGUACUUGACAUACGACGACGAGGAAUUGAGCAUCGACAGCGACGCCGACAGCGACGGCAGCACCACGCCAUAGACGACGAACAAUAUUUAUUAGAAACCCCCACAGCACUGAACACAAACAAAUAAUGCGUGUAUAUAUUAUAUAUAUAUGUGAUUGCCUUCAUCCACGACUAAGUACCGGUAGGUGUACUUGCAACGAGUCCAGGUUGAUGCCGAACAGCGAGGGCCAACUUCGUACUCCAUUGCAGAAGAGGUACGAGGAAGCGGUCAGCCAGCAUUGGGCUGCAGCAACUUACAAUGUUGUGGCCUUCCCAA